CUUACGCUUCCCAACUGCCUUUGUUCAGAUUACAUUUUCUUCUUCUCAGCCAAACACUUACCACUCUCGCCGCCGACGGCGCCGGUGCUCUUCUCCGAUCACCUCCGCCUCAUUCAUUUCCCAAUUGCUCUCUCCAGCGGAAAUUGUGAGCGAGUCUCCGGAGAAUGGGAGGUUGAAGAAGAUCAAUAGAAGAUUUGCUGAUUAAGGAAGAGAGAGAUUUUUUAAAAUGGCUCCUGUUAGUAAAGCUGAUAAGAAAGCAGCAGUAGAUGCUGCUGCUUGGAUGUUCAAUGUCGUCACUUCUGUUGGUAUCAUCAUUGUCAAUAAAGCUUUAAUGGCGACUUAUGGUUAUAGCUUUGCUACAACCUUGACCGGUUUACAUUUCGCUACCACAACUCUGAUGACGAUUGUUCUAAGAUGUCUUGGUUACAUUCAGCCUUCUCAUCUUCCAUUUACGGAGCUUAUGAGAUUUAUUCUGUUUGCAAACUUCUCCAUCGUUGGUAUGAACGUCAGUCUUAUGUGGAACUCUGUGGGUUUCUAUCAGAUUGCAAAGCUCAGCAUGAUUCCUGUAUCCUGCUUGUUGGAGAUGGUUUUCGAUAAGAUCCGUUACUCAAGAGACACAAAGCUUAGCAUAGGACUGGUUCUUGUCGGUGUUGGUGUUUGCACUGUUACUGAUGUUAGUGUGAAUAGCAAAGGCUUUCUAGCCGCUUUUGUUGCUGUGUGGAGCACUUCUCUGCAACAAUACUAUGUACAUUACCUUCAGCGCAAGUACUCGCUUAGCUCAUUCAACCUAUUGGGACAUACCGCUCCAGCUCAAGCCGCAACAUUGCUUGUAGUUGGCCCGUUUCUUGAUUAUUGGCUGACAGAAAAAAGAGUAGACAUGUACGACUACAACUUGGUCUCCGUGCUGUUUAUAACCCUGUCGUGCACGAUAGCAAUCGGGACCAACCUAAGCCAGUUCAUCUGCAUCGGGAGAUUCACAGCUGUGUCGUUCCAAGUCCUGGGACACAUGAAGACGAUCUUGGUGCUGAUAAUGGGAUUCUUCUUCUUUGGUAGAGAAGGUCUAAACUUGCAUGUGGUUAUUGGAAUGGUUAUUGCAGUACUCGGUAUGAUCUGGUACGGUAAUGCCUCUUCCAAGCCUGGAGGCAAAGAGCGACGAAGCUAUUCUCUUCCAACGACUCGUCAACAGAAACUCGGAGCUGCUUCGGAUUCUGACGACAAUGAAGACAAGGCUUAGUAGUAGUAUAGUAAGUAGUAAAUUAUCAGGAACAUCACAUAGUGACAUCUCUGUUCUGAGUUCUGAGUUGUUCUUUUUUUAGCUUAAUUUAUGAUCCUCGUGCUAAUUUUGCUUUGGUGCGAUAAAAACGAUUAUUUUUUUUUUCUACACAGACGAUUGAGAUUUUUUGUAAUGUUUUUGCGGAAUCAAGCUACAAUUAUAAGAAAUUUUCUCUUUA